GAAGGACCUGUAAGAGUCCUCUGAUAAGGACCGCCAAGGAUUUGUCAAGUGGCUUCGAGGGAAGACACUGCACCCUGGGACUGCAAUGGACGCCGCCAGGAAGUACAUCCUGGGCCGAGACGCGAAGCGGUCGGCAGAGGCGGCAGCUGCGGCUGCUACCCCCCCUCCACCCACCAGCAGCCGCAGCAUCAGCAGCAGCGCCCCCACCACCACCAGCAGUGGCCCCAGCAAGGCCGCUGCUUCCACCGCGCUGUAGCCACACAAGCCGAUCGCCUCCAAGAUCGCCGCCUGCGUCCCAUGGGCCCAGGUGAGCUGCAGGCCAAGGUCAGGAAGCUGAUGACCACACCUGCACAGCCUGCAGUUCGAGCGGUGUCUACAUCCUUCAGAGACCAGCGCCCCUCGGUUCCGCCGCCGCCCCACGCCACAGAGGUGACGGACGAGGAACUGGUCCAGAUGGCCACUGACAUAGAAACAGCUGAUGCUUGAAGGACAAAGGUAGGUUUGGCAGGUAAUAUAGCCAUCUUCGUAGGUGGUAGUGCCAUCCUCACUCAUGUGGCGGUAAUGUAGAUUUGAUUAAACGCCUUCACAUGUCUACUACCCUUGGCUCUGCUGCAUCUUGUAGCACUAAACCUUCUGCCCUAAUCACUGGCAUACUGCAUGUCAUCAACACUCAGACUCACUUAGUCUUGUCCCAUGACUAUCAUUGUGCUGAAUCUAUUUUGUUGUGUGUGACUGUGUCUGAAGCUGACGUACAGGUCCUUCAGACUCUCCCGCUCCCGCUGGUGGUGACGCCUCCAUCUCCACCUCCUCCGGCACCGUCGGAGGAGGUGGAGAUGGAAGAGGAAGGAGAGGAAUGUGGAGCAGCCCGCAGCUCCCACUCCUGCUUCGGCUGAGGCCCGGUUGCCUGAGAGCUGGCGGACAGCUCUCACCGUGGAAGAGCAGGAGUGGAUCGGCCGGGAGCUGUUCCAGCCAGACAGCAAGGGGAGGACUAAACUCACCACGGACCUCAAGCUGUGGUGGGAUCCCCCUCAGCCCCGGCCGAGUUAUACUCAGCCACCCGCCUCACCAGCUGCCUUCUUCGCAUGUCGGCUGUUCCUCUGGACGCCCCCUGCGUCUGAGGACUACAGAGGACCAGAUGACCAGCCGGGGUACCUGGCCGUGGUCCAGUUGGCCACGGCCUUGGUGGGGUUGCGUUUCGAACCGGCCUUGUCCGAGGGGAGGGUAGAUGAGCUAAUCAGGCUCUACGAGGCCCUGUCAAAAUUCGACAGGGACCGAGUAGUUUACCCUCCCCCCUACAGGGACAGGCCAGCUCGGGGGCGCUUCAAGGCAGCGAAGCCUAGCCGCACCAGUAUACCUGGUGUGGAGAACAUGAGACGCUGCCUGGUCGGACAGACCUCUGGACCUGCCAGCAGUCCCAGUGCAAGCCGGCUGGUAGAGGCAGUGUGCAUCCAGCUCUGCCGCGUGUGCCCCUCAGGCACCCGUGUGAGCAGUGCCCGGCGGUCGCGGUGGCCAGGCGACGACAGCAGCGGCAAGGGCGGCGGUAACUCUGGCAGCAGCACCGGCUGUGGCAGCACCGGUGUCUGUGUGCAGACGGCUACUGGCGCCUUUACCGCCUGCCCCCUCAGCUGCUGUCCUGGCCGUACCACCAACAGCUGCUGCAGCAGCUGCAACGGGACCUUUUGCAGCUACACAGCCUCUCCUCCUGGACCUCUCACUGCCCCAGCAGAGUGUGAGGGUGCUCCCCAUCCCCCCCCCAUCCCAACGCUCCCUCGGACAACGCCAGCCCAACACGUCCUCCCUUUGCCGCUGGCCGCCGCACGUCACGCCGGCCCUCAGCUGCCUGCACUGCAGCUGCUGCCAGGACAGCAAGGACAACAAGCAGUGCAGGCAGCACCUCCUGCUCCUCCUCCUCAGCCUCUCUCUACGUACAAAACUGAAUGGCUGAGGAGGAAGAAGGCCGAGCAGAGGGCAGCGGCACCGCCAGGAACAGGUGUCUCUGCCCGGGCCGGCGUGCCACAAGUACAGAAGUGCAGGAAGUGCGGCCAGCCAAAGCGGAGGGAGACCGGACACACCCGUUACGGCAGUGGACAUUUUUGCUCUGCUGCGGCGGGUAAGAGUGUGGAGGACUGGCUGAGGGAGAUGAAGGAGAGGGACCAGGGUCGAGACCCGGACUGAUUUCGCACUCUUGCUGGGGCAGGUGUAUAUAGUUGUUUGCAGUGUUGUGUGUGUGUGUUUUUUUUUAAAAGACAUUGACUUUCCCCUCCACAAGGACCGGGACUUUGCCGCAGUGUGGAGGCUUUCUACCAACACCGGUCCACCCACCCUGCCACAACUCUUCUACAGCACAGUGACACUCUGCUUGGAAAAAAAUGUGUGUCCCAUUCACACCUGUAUAACACGCUGUCAUGCCUCUGUGCUGUUCUGAUUCUAUGCACUGACAAGUCUUAUAGGCCUGCUGUGUGUCUGCUGCCUGUCAUAUGGUUUAAGGGGGGGGGAAAUCAUUGUGUGUCCCAUUCACACCUGUAUAACACGCUGUCAUGCCUCUGUGCUGUUCUGAUUCUAUGCACUGACAAGUUUUUUUAUUUUUUAUAUUUUGGACAUGUGGGUAUGUUCAUUAAUGUGAUCACUGUUACAUCAGUUACAUCCAGUAGCUGCGACGCAAGAUAUCGGACUGCCAUUUGUGCUGGUUCAUCUGCUGUUGCCACUGGCUCUGUUGCUGCCAAAAAAAUAAAAAGCCUUGUAUGUACAGGUACUUCACACUGUAAUGCCCCUGUGUUAUGUAUCCAUGCAUAUCUGUGCUGAGCUCUUAUACUAUGUGUCUGCC